AGUGUCAUAUAAAUCAAUAGCUAUUUGACACUAAUAGAUGGCAAUAGUGAAACAAAAUGUUUCUUUAAUUUACCUCGUUUUUGUCUUGGUCAUAUGAAGGUGGAAAUCUCUGGUUGUCAAUUAAUCUGACCUGUUGAUCGAUCUGGUCAAACCAUCAUGAUUCGCUCAUGUUUUCAGUUUUUAGUUUUCAUAUUAAGUGCCAUCAUAGCAAAACUGAUACAAUUUGUGUUUACAAAAUUUCCUCUGGUCAAAUCUAUUUAUUACAAGGAAUAUUCAUUUGACUCUGAAUAUAAAUAUUUCAAAGAAUCUGUUUUAGAGCGACUUGAAAAAUUAGAGGCAAAAUGUGAAGCUCAGGAGAAAGAGAUUGCCAAGCUUAAAUGUUCAACAUGUGAGGUUGAUGGAUCAACUUCUGAAAGCGAGCAUGAUCCGUUUCAAAAUCCAGCUCCAUACAGCUUCCAGUUACAUCGAAGGCAGUCAUCGGAUAUAAUUGUUCCUAUUCCUAAACCCAGACCAUCUAUCAAAGAUAUAAAAGUACCACCUCCACCGCCGCCUCCGCCUCCACCACCACCGAUGUUUAAUAUGUCUUCCAUGAUUAAUAUGAGAACGCCUCUGUGGACUCCAAAAGUGACACCAGACUCGACUCCUUUUCAGACACCCAGAACGCUAUCCACCGAGUCCCUCAACACGUUGCAUUUACAGAAAAGUUUAAUACCACCUAAUCAAAACCUAAAUCUGACCGGAACCAUCCUGCGAGAAAUGGAAAAAACUGGUUUCAUGGAAAAUAUACUAUUUAACCCUGAGGCCUUCUCGUGGCGAAUUACUGAGCAAGAGGAAACAACUGAAAACAGCCAGGAGUCCUGGGGGAACCCCUCUAAGUCAACGUCUUCAAGGUACAACCAAAGAUUUUCAACAGUCAAGAGUGACCAACCGGAUUCCAACCGCAAUUGAAGAAGAAUUGUCUAAAAUUUUAAAAAAACGACGACAACCAAGUCCGGAUAAGACAAUGGAUUCAUCCUUUGAACAAGACUUCAGCUUCAGUUAGAAAUGAGAAAGCAAAUUGGCUCGUUAUCAAAAAUUUGACUUCCAAGGAGCUUUUUAUCCUGGAUAAAUAUUAACAUCAAUUAUUUUUAUUUAUUUUACCUCGACUCAUAAACUUUUUUAUCCAGAAAAAACCAAGCAUCAAAGAGAACCUUCAAAUCAAAAUGAGGGAAAAAGGUUAAGACACAGUUGCCAAUAACAGUGAACAGUUUUUUUUAAUAUUGUUACUUUUAAAACAAAAGGAUAAUAAUUAAAUAGAUCAACAAGUUUAAGAUGGUAAAUAUAAUGAUGAUGGUAACGUUCAACUUGGUGAAACUACUGAAAUUACAUUCUUGGUGGAUGCAGCAAUCGCAUAGAGAAGAUUAAUCAAUUGGUUGAUGAUGUAAAUUGAUGGCAAUGUUGGCAAAACCAAGCAUACCCAGAAAAAGAAACGUAUAUAACGGACAGGAACACCACGGAUCAAUUUAAGCGUAUCAAUAAUUACUAAGGUGGUCAUCAAAGUGGCAAAUAUAAGAUAAAAAACCUGAUACAACCUUAGAAUGAUAAUCCAUCUUUCUUGUAACCCUUUAGCAUAAAGAAUGUGGCAGAAAAGGGAAACAAUGGCUAAAGUUGCAAUGAUUUUCUGAUCAUCAAUUAAACAGUAAACGGCGACAAGAGUUAACAUAACUAACUUGUAAAAGGAAAAAAUUUUGAGAAAUGUUGUUAUCUUGGCCAAAGCCUCCUCUUUGGUGUCAAUAAUUUUGGAAGUAGAUGUUGGUGGUUGCGUUAACGUUACUGAUGUUGAUCCCAUUGUAACUGUCAAGAUGGACACAAUUAUUGGACAAUGGAGUAUAAAAAAAGCUACACAAGAAACUAUCCAACCACUCGGGUGAUAUUGAUCAAUAGAUGCACAAUCAAUUUGAAUUAGGACAAUCCACGUUCAAUUGGAUAUUUGCAUCAAGAUGAUUUGAUGAGGAACAAGUAAAUUCAUCGAAUACUGUGAAACAUUUUGCUGGUGCAAAAAAAGAGUACAAAGUAAGAAGGCAAACGAAGGAGAAGACGAAGGAAAAUGGCAGGAGCAGGGAAGAUGGUAGAAAGAAGAGAAAAAGAGUUUCCAAAAUUUUCCUUGAACCAAAUUUAGAAUCGAACCAAUCUAGUUAACAUUUAACAUGAUCCUUUUCAUCUUCACCAGCAUCUCGAUUCAAAUGAAUCUUGUAAAUCUUGCUCAUUUCUCAUUCUGUUGAUUCUUUCAUCUCAACUAUCACUGCAACUCUAAUUAAUGGAACCUUUCAAUGUGAACUUAAAUUAGAUGAGUUUGUACAAACCAAUUUAUCAACUCAAUAAUGUGCCUUUAUUUUAUGUUAUGUUUAUGUCUAUUUUAAUACAACUAACCCAAUAAUAUUGUAAUCAAUCUGUUGAUCUCAAUUUUUUUAUUCAAUAUUAUGUAAAGAGCAACACAAUCUGUAACUAUACUUUGUAAAUUGUUUUCACAAAUGCAUAAUGUUUUUCAUUGAUUGCUAUUGUAAGAAUAGAUUUUAGAAAUCAUAAAUUUCUUGCAAUUCA